GCGAUGUAGUGAGGAACGCGCAUUAAAUUGGCGAUCACGAAUACGCGCGCAGCACGGACGGCGUAAAGUUCGUCCGAGCGCCCAGUCAUGUUUGUGGGGUGGUCGGAUUAGUAUAUAUUAUAAUCGUCCGCUGGCGGCCGCGGCAACGGUGCAUGUUCGAAUCGAGAAAUGGAAAAGUAUAAAAAUUAAAAACUGAUUUUUUUUUUCAAUUUUUCCUUCUCGUUUUCAAACAUUCCAGUGUUUUUUUAAAUUUUAUUUUGUCGCGCCUAAAUAUAUUAUUAUACCACCUAUAUAUACUCGUCCACCACAACUAUAUACCAUACUCAUCGCAUCGCUCUGCUUGUAUUUGUGGCUGAAUCUGGACCCUCUGUUUAAUUAAAUCUGGUUUAUUAAAAUUGCAUACUUCCACAUUAAGAUACAUGAUUUAGAAUGUUGUAUUUAAUAAUAGCGGUUAAUAAAUAAAAAAACUCAUCCAGAAAAGUGCCCAUUCGACAUUUAAUAACUGUUGUUGACAUUGAUAUCAAGUAUUAUAAAGGAUCGAUUGGAAAGGUCAUUAUAAUUUUAAAUAUGUUAGACGUAGAAGAAAAAUGUAGUAAACUGAACAUAAUAUAUGAACAGCCAACAUCACCACAGUCACCACAAAGAGAACAGAGAGAGGAAUGGGGUAACAAACUUGACUUUUUGUUCUCGUGUAUUAGUGUAUCUGUUGGCUUAGGAAACGUGUGGAGAUUUCCAUACUUGUGCUACAAACAUGGCGGGGGGGCAUUUUUAGUGACUUACUUUAUAGCCAUGAUAUUUUGUGGAAUACCGAUUUUUUUUCAAGAAGUGGCUAUCGGACAGUAUUUGGGUUCUGGCGGGAUGACGUUGGUUGGAAAGUUAUGUCCAAUACUUUCUGGUACUGGUUACGCUACAAUGACUAUAGUUUUCUUAUUGGAUGUGUAUUAUUGCGUUAUUGUAGCAUGGACAUUUUUUUACUUGGCAAGUUGUUUCAUAUCAUAUCCAACUUUGCCGUGGGAAAAUUGUAACAAUUGGUGGAACACAAACAAUUGUUUGAUGCCAAAUAGUGUUAAUAUAACCCACGAGCCUUUUAGUACGGAUACAAUAAAACGUAUGUUUAAUACAUCUUUGACGCUCAAUCACAAUAUAGAUUCGUGGAAUCAAAUGUAUUUCAAUAAAACGAAUGAAUUACAAGGUAAUAUUUUCAAAAACGAUGGUCAACUUACGGAAUUCUGUCAUACUAUUAAGUCGUUAUCGUAUGCUGAUGUUUCAUUAAAUUUCACCGACAUGGAAACAAAUAUUUCGUCUGUCCUUCGUCCAGGACAAGGUGUUGACUUUUUGAAUCAACUUCGAAAUUGUUUUAAUGUAACGACUGUGACACCAGCUGAAGAGUAUUGGGAGAGAAGAGUGCUUAUGCUGACAAGUGGUAUUGAAAAUAUCGGAGGAAUGCAGUGGGAACUAUUGUGCUUAUUAGGAGUAUCGUGGAUCUUGAUUUAUACCAUAUUGGGCAAAGGUCUUAGUCAGAGUGGAAAGAUAGUGUGGUUCAUUGCAAUGUUUCCAUAUUUAAUAAUGGGAGCAUUACUGAUUAGAGCAGUGACGCUAGAAGGAGCUGGUGAAGGUAUUAGGUACUUAGUCACUCCAAGAUGGGAGAGUCUCUUGAAUUCAGACACAUGGAUAGAAGGGACAACACAAAUAUUCUUUGGCUAUAGUGUUGGUGUUGGCACUUUACCAGCUCUCGGAUCAUUCAACCGAUUUCAUCACAAUUGUUAUAGGGAUGCAGUAUUAACUUGUGUUAUUAACACGCUCACGUCUAUCAUACCCAGUGUAAUAACAUUCAGUAUAUUAGGUUUUAUUGCUGCUUCUCAGGGAGCUACGGUUAGCGAUGUCGUGGAAAGUGGACCUGGUUUGGUAUUUAUAACUUAUCCACAAGUGGUGCUUCAGUUACCAGGGGCCAGAAUAUGGGCAGUUGUAUUCUUCGUCAUGCUUGCUAUGAUUGGUAUUGAUAGUGAGUUCUGCAAUGUCGAAUCAUUUAUAACCGGACUGACGGAUAAGUGGCCUAAGUAUUUACACACUAAACGAAAAACUUUCACUUUGUUGGUGUGUAUAGGUAUGUUUGUGCUAAGUUCGUCCAUGGUGACUAACGGCGGAAUGUAUAUAUUUCAAUUAAUGGAUACAUAUUCAGCAUCCGGAAUAUCGUUGCUUUGGGUGUGUUUCUUUCAGACUAUAGCCAUUUCAUGGUUUUUUGGAGCUGAUAGAUUUCGCGAAUGCGUCAAUCAAAUGCUCGGUUUUCGACCAAAUUUGUUCUGGUAUAUCUGUUGGGUGUAUCUUGCACCUUUCGUCAUGAUUACGGUAUUUAUAUUUUUCAUCAUCAAGUAUGAACCAGUAAAGUAUGGGAAUCAUUAUACAUAUCCAUGGUGGGGUGAAGGAUUAGGAAUAACAAUAUCGUUGAUUUCCAUGAUCUGGAUACCACUAUAUGCUGUUUACUACUUAAUGACGGAACCGGGGACUUUUAAACAAAAGCUCGAACGUGGUUUUACACCUAUUCCAGAAGUCAAAUGCAGAACUAAGAUAAAAAAAGAAACUAAAAACAUCAUUGAUAGAAGAAUUAACAUACAAUUAAUGGAAUGUAGUGCGUUGGUUUACAGCUGUGACAAUAAUGAUAGUAAAAAUAUAUGAACACCAAUUUUAGUUAACUAUAUAGCGUUUAAUGUUACAUUAUUCUUACAUUACAGCAGUAUUGUAGGUAUUUGUUUAUAAAUUCAUAUAGUUAACACUUAAACAAAAGUCUAUAUUUUUGAAAUAUAGUAUUGUAUUUUAUUUGUAAAAGUCGAUGUAUAAGAUAAGUAGUGUUUUUUAUAUUGAUUAAAUAAUUAAAACUAUUUAUAUGAUUAGUAUUAUAUAGUGCAGUUCUUAGGAGCAUUAUACAAUACUGUUUUUCCCCCUUAAAGUAGAUUGAUUGUUAUAUUGACAAAAAUAAAUUGUGUGGGAAUUAUACAGUGUUAUAGUCUAUUAUAUUGAUUUAUUUUGCAAAAUGCUAUAGUUUAAUAAUUAAUUUACAAAAUAUAAAAAUUAUUUAGGCAGUACAUUGUAUUGUUGAAAUAAAUAAAUUAAACUAAACUUAUGUAACGGUAAAAUAUAAUAUGACGUGUUAUUCAAUGUAUUUUAAGGUACUUUUUUAGAAUUUAUUAAUGCAAUAAAAUCAAAAAUUUGGGAAAUUUGAUAUUGAGAGUAAACUUAGAGACAAAGUUAAAUCUGUAUUAUUGCUUUACUAGAUCAAUCGGUACGUUUGGUAAGGAAGACUUCUAUUAUUAAUUCCUAUAUUCCGCGUGCGUUAGAUUAAGACAAAGAAACAUUCUGUAUCAAAAAUAUUUUGAAAAUGUCAUUGUAUAUAGUAAAAUAUAAAAUAUAAAUUUAUAAAUAUUAUGUUAAAAUUUUAAAUACCCGUAAAUAAUAUCUUUUAGUAAAAGUUAAUAAAAAAAUUAUGAACUUUAGUAAUUUAGUUAUUAAAAUCGUUAUUUUUCGUUUAAAUUAUUUAAAAAAAACCCGACAAUAUGAUUAUUUUUAUUUUCAGUAAUAAUAACUAUGAGUAACCUUGUAUUUAUUUUCAAGCUUUAGCUAUAAUCUCUACACAUCAUCACCAAAUUCCUCGACGAACUUAAAUCUAUACUUAACCCCUUUCUUACUGUUUUAACAUCCCUAAUAAACAAAAUAACACUCCCUAUAACUCCUACUCCAUAACACACACACACACACACACACACACACACACACACACACACACACACACACACACACACACACACACACAACACACACACACACACACACACACACACACACACACACACACACACACUCACACACACACCACAUAUUCCGUAUACAUCAAUAACACAAACACACAGUAUAUUUAUUAUAUAUAUAACUCUAAAUUAAAUUGCUAUUGUUAUUGUUAUUUAUUUAUAACUAACUUGUUGUAACAUGUAAUAUGUUGAUACAUUUUAAUUUUUAAUAAAUAAAAAAAAAAAAGCCUUAGCUAUAUAAAUUCAUGA